AUGGUUCAGCCAAUUAAAUUAUAUUCAGUACCAACCCCUAAUGGUAUCAAAGUUAGUAUAUUUUUAGAGCUCUUGAAAUUACCCUACGAAGCUGUUUUUGUUGAUAUUUCAAAGAAUGAGCUGAAGUCUGACUGGUUUGUGAAAUUGAAUCCAAACGGUCGUAUCCCAACCAUUACUGAUCCAAAUUUUGAAACUGGACCAGUCACAAUUAGUCAAACUGGUGCUAUUUUGCAAUAUUUGGCUGAUCAAUACGAUAAAGACCACAAGUAUUCCUACCCACAAGGAACCGCUGAGUAUUAUAAGACUUUGGAGUAUCUUAUUUUCCAAGUUGCUGAAAAUGGUCCAAUUCAAGGUCAAUUAAAUCACUUUAAACUUUAUGCCCCAGAAAAAGUUGAAUACGGUAUUAAUAGAUACGAAAAUGAUACUAAAAGAAUAUAUGGUGUUUAUGAAGAUAUUUUGUCCAGAAAUUCUGGCAAUGGAAACAAAUACUUGGUUGGUGAUCGUUACACUGUUGCUGAUAUUGCAUUGUUUGGCUGGGCCAAUUCUUUAUCCAGAGUUGGUAUUGAUAUUAGUCAAUGGCCAUUAUUGAACAAGUGGUUCCAUGCAAUCAAAGAAUUGCCAGCUGUCGAAAAGGGUAUCACAGUUCCUCAAAAGCCAUAG